AUGUCCAGUCCAAGAAAAAGACAAGCCGACGACGACGACUCCGGCUCCGAGAGGUCGACGCCCUCGUUGGCAUCGUCGCCUCAAUUGCCUCCUUCCUCCCCCGCCAUUCCCUUCGAGGACGAGGAAGAAGAGAUCCAUAACGAUGUCACCGACUUGAACCCUUCAGACGAGGAAGAAGGUGAAGAUUUGAUGGAUAACAUGCAUAACGAUUACCGUCGUAACGACAACCAGGACCACUAUAAUUUGGGCGAUGGAAACAUCGACGACGAAGAGUACGACGAGUUGGAUGCUGCUGAAAGAAGAAGAAUCGAUGAGCAGUUGGACCGUCGUGACGAAUUACUUGGAAUGUCGAAGGAUACACGUGCAAGAAGCCAGGCGUUUCUUGAUGAUGAUGAAGAAGGCGAUGACGAUGUCAACGAAUAUGGUCUUCCUAUUCAGAGAAGAAGACUCAGAAGACAAUACGAUGACCAGGACGACUUUUUGAACGAUGUGGAAAUUGACCCAUUCCAUGAGGAAUUGUCGUUGGAAUCCUUGGCCGAUGUCAAGGCUCCUUCCAUUACUGAGUGGAUCUUGCAGCCAUCAGUCUCUCGUUCUAUCGGCAGAGAAUUGAAGUCCUUCCUUCUAGAAUACACUGACGAACGUGGUCGUUCCGUCUACGGUGCGCGUAUUCGUACUUUGGGUGAAAUCAACGCCGAGUCUUUGGACGUUUCUUAUAACCACUUGGCUGAUUCCAAGGCCAUUUUGGCCUUGUUCUUGGCCACCUCUCCUACUGAAAUGUUGAAGAUUUUCGAUAUCGUCGCCAUGGAAGCCACGGAAUUGCACUACCCUAACUACUCCCAGAUUCACCUGGAAAUUCAUGUCCGUAUUUCCAACUUUCCUAAUGCUUUGUCUUUGAGAGACCUCAGAGAAAAGAACUUGAAUCAGCUCGUGAAGGUCUCGGGUGUUGUGACCAGAAGAACAGGUGUCUUCCCUCAACUCAAGUACGUUAAGUUUGACUGUCUCAAAUGUCACGCUGUUCUUGGACCUUUCAUCCAAGACUCCAACACUGAAGUCAAAAUGACCUACUGUACCAACUGUGCAAGUAAGGGUCCAUUCAAGAUGAACUCAGAGAGAACUCUUUACAGAAACUACCAGCGUAUCACUUUACAAGAGGCUCCAGGAACGGUUCCAGCUGGUCGUUUACCUCGUCACAGAGAAAUCAUCUUGCUUUCAGACUUGGUGGAUAUCGCCAAGCCUGGUGAGGAAGUUGAAGUUGUUGGUGUCUACAAGAAUAACUAUGAUGGCGGUCUCAACGCGAAGAACGGUUUCCCUGUCUUUGCAACAGUGGUAGAAGCCAAUUCUGUCAAGAGAAAGGAAACAUCUUCAAUGUUUAAUAGUGACACUGGCGUGUCUUCAUGGGUUGAAGAAGAUGAGAGAGAAUUCCGCAGACUUUCAAGAGAGAGAGGUGUUAUUGAUAAGAUCAUUGGCUCCAUGGCUCCUUCUAUCUACGGCCACCGUGAUAUCAAGACUGCGCUCGCUUGUUCGUUGUUUGGUGGUGUUGCCAAGAACAUUGAUGGUAAGCAUUCUAUUCGUGGUGAUAUCAAUGUCCUCUUGCUAGGUGACCCAGGUACCGCCAAGUCUCAGAUCUUGAAGUAUGCGGAGAAGACUGCUAACAGAGCCGUUUUCGCUACAGGUCAGGGUGCUUCCGCUGUUGGUUUGACUGCUUCUGUCAGAAAAGACCCCAUCACAAGAGAGUGGACCUUGGAAGGUGGUGCUCUCGUGCUUGCUGAUAAAGGUACCUGUCUUAUUGAUGAGUUCGAUAAAAUGAAUGACCAGGACCGUACUUCUAUUCACGAAGCCAUGGAACAGCAAUCCAUUUCCGUCUCCAAAGCAGGUAUUGUUACCACUUUGCAAGCGCGUUGUUCUAUCAUUGCAGCCGCUAACCCUACUGGUGGCAGAUAUAAUUCCACCAUUCCACUCGCUCAGAAUGUUAACUUAACCGAACCAAUUUUGUCUAGAUUUGAUAUCUUGUGUGUUGUGAGAGAUUUGGUCAAUCCUGAGCUGGACGAGCGUCUUGCUUCUUUCGUGGUUGAUUCGCAUAUGCGUUCUCAUCCUUCUAACGAUGAAGACGUUUUUAAGGAUGAUGAUGACAAUAUGGACGAAGGCAAGAGCCGUCGCGAGAAAAUUACCCAAAGUAAUGAACAGAGAGAGAGCGAGAUCUCGCCAAUUCCACAAGAAACGUUGGCCAAAUACAUCAGCUACGCAAGAGCUAAGGUUUCACCUAAAUUGCACCAGAUGGAUAUGGACAAGGUUGCAUUGGUGUAUGCCGACUUGAGAAGAGAGUCGAUCUCCACGGGCUCCUUCCCGAUUACUGUUCGUCACUUGGAAAGUAUUAUCAGAAUUGCUGAAGCAUUCGCAAGAAUGAGACUCAGUGACUUCGUCAGUCAGAGCGACUUGAACAGAGCCAUCAAGGUCAGCAUUGAUAGUUUUGUGGGAGCACAGAAGAUCACAGUGAAGAGGCAGCUCCAGAAAUCAUUCAUGAAAACGAUUGAGGAUAUCAAGCAGUGCAAGGAUGUGCCCGAGAAAGACGUGGAGGAGAUCUGCAACCACGAGUCUCGACAAAUCACUACUGUCUACGGGUUUUACGACGAAUGCCUUCGGAAGUAUGGCAGCGUGAACGUGUGGCGUUACUGCUGCGAGGUGUUUGACUAUUUCUCGCUUGGAGCCAUUGUCGGAGGGCAAGGAGGUGUUUUCUGCGUCCACGGCGGGCUCAGUCCAGAGAUCAGUGAUGUGGACGAGAUAAGGAGGCUUGACAGGAAACAAGAAGUGCCCCACGAAGGGGCCAUGUGCGACUUACUCUGGUCGGACCCUGAAGACGUACCCAAAUGGGCGGUGCUGCCUCGAGGCGCCGGGUAUCUUUUUGGAGAGAAUGAAGUUAAUAAAUUCUGCCACAAGAACGACAUUCUGCUUAUCGCGCGGGCGCAUCAGCUUGUGAUGGAAGGUUACAAAGAGAUGUUCUCGGGCAGUUUGGUGACGGUAUGGUCUGCGCCUAACUACUGUUACCGGUGUGGGAACAUUGCCAGUAUUUUAAGCAUCAACGAUAACUUGGAACGAGAAUACAAGGUAUUUGAUGCUGUCAACAAGGACACCAACAUGAUGCCACUGAAAAAGCCGGUGGUGGACUAUUUCAUCUAG